AGACAAUGUUCUUGGGUGUGUAAACACAAUAGACAUAUAGUUAAUCAUUAUUAUAAACAAGCGAUUAUCUAACAAAUUACAAGCAUUCAAGGACUUGCCUAACUUCACUUCAUUACAGCGAGGCCAUAUGCUAUAGCUUCCACUUAUUUUCAAGGGCUUAAAGGCCCAGAAUGGACGGGCCCGAGGAGGCCGUUGGCAAAAGCCAACAGCUCACUGCGGACGCCACUUGCAUAGCUUGGGUGAGGUCGAAGCUUCAGCUGCUUCGACCAGAGGGACAUGGAGAUGCUGAGGAUAGCGCGGAGUGGCUGGCGGGCUUGUGGCACAAUGACGUGCACACACCGCUGGUGUCCAUGUUCCUUAUGAGCGUGAAGGCGACGCGGUUGUUUGCGGUGCUGGAGAGCGGCCCGGAUUAUGGACAUGGGACAAAGCUGGUUCUGACGCUCGAUGUGCCGAAGAACUAUGAGCAGAUGGUUUACUUUGUGCGUGAUCCCAGCAAGUUCGUGACGCGCGAUAAUGUGAGCAGCGUCAUCUUCUUCGGCCUCAUGCGCGGCGGCGACCCGCUGCACUCGCUGCUGAAGAUCAUGCAUGGGCUGUACGUGCCGGUUGUGGUGGCCAACACCACCUGGCCGGAGACCGUCAAGUCGGACUUCACGGCGCAGCUGCACAAGUUCAUGGCCAACCUGACGGAGACAGUGUACGAGGUGAAGGGCAAGACCAUCCUGUACAUCCCGCAGGAGGACCUGCGCGACCCCAAGGCGGCCGCCAAGCAGAAGGACCUCGUGCAGCGGCUGGAGUCCACCAUCAUCCACUGGACACGACAGGUCAAGGAGCUGCUAAACCAGCAGGACGCCGUGGACGCCUCCGAGCAGGCCGGUCCCCUGGCGGAAAUCGAAUUCUGGCGCGAACGCUCGGUGGAUCUCUCCGGCAUCCGCGCGCAGCUGGACGACAGCGCCGUCUCCGCCAUCGUUUCCGUACUGGAGUACGCAAAGAGCUCCUACCUGGCGCCCUUUCUCUCGCUCCGAAACCUCAUCCACAGGGAGGCCGUGGCAGCGGAGGAUAACCUGAAGUUCCUGCUGUGCCUGGAGGAACCCUGUAAGCAGCUGGCGACGGCGCACCCGCAGACCAUCCCCGGGCUGCUGCCGCCCAUCCUGAACUGCAUCCGCAUGGUGUGGAACCUCUCGCGCUUCUACAACACGCCGGAGCGGCUGACAGUGCUGCUGCGGAAGCUCUCGAAUGAGAUCAUCAACCGCUGCUGCUCCGUGAUCUCGCUGGCGGAUGUGUUCUCGGGCGAUGUGGAUAACGUCAUGACGGCGCUGCGGCAGAGCAUGGAGGCUGGUGAGCGGUGGAAGGAGCUGUACAAGCGCACGGCGGCGGCGGUGGCGGUGCGCUCCCCGCGCCCCUGGGACUUCGACAUCUCCUCCAUCUUUGCGCACAUUGACGCCUUCCUGCAGCGCUGCAAUGACCUGCUGGAGGUGUGCGAGGCGCAGCUGCAGUUCGCGCCGCGCACUCCGCUGCCGGUGUUUGGCGGCACGUACGGUCCGGAGGUGAAGAAGAGCAUCCUGGACAUCCAGGAGUCCUUCCAGGGGCUGGUGCGCGGCCUGAAGAGCCUCACGUACGACAUUCUGGACGUGAAGGCCACACGGUGGCACGACGACUUCAACGCCUUCAAGGGCGGCGUGAAGGAUUUGGAGGUGAUGAUGGCCAACGUCAUCCAGCGCGCCUUCGACACGCAGCCCUGCCUGCUGGCGCGCGGAGAGCUGCUUGAGGGGUUCCAGGCGAUGGCCAAGCGCGACUUCAUCCGGCGCUUCGUGGAGAAAAAGACGGUGGAGUUCUUCGGGCUGUUCAUGGCGGAAAUCAACACCGUCAAGAAGCUCUUCGACGCAGUGAAGCGCUCGCAGCCCAAGAGCCCCAUCCUGCCGCGCUAUGCGGGGCUGGCCAAGUACGCCAUGAACCUCAUGCGGCGGCUGGAGCAGAGCCACAAGGUGGUGGAGUCGGUGCGGCACACGCUGCCGCAGGUCGCGGAGUCCGCCGAGGUGCUGCAGCAGUACGAGCUGGCGCACCAGGCCAUCGAGCAGUACAUCAGCAACACGCACAACGAGUGGUUCGGAACCAUCGAGAGCUCCAUCGCCAAGGAGCUGCAGGCAUGCCUGCUGGUGCAGGACAAGGCGUCAGGCGGCCUGCUGUCCAUGAACUUCCACAAGGACCUGCUGUCGAUGGGCCAGGAGGUGCACUUCUGGGAGCGCAUGCGGCUGGCGGUGCCGCUGGUGGCCAUGGAGAUCAACGCACAGCGCGAAAAGUAUCGCGUGCUGCGAGACAACAUUCUCAUGGUCGUGCGGGAUUACAACAAGAUCCUGACGGCGCUGGACAAGGAGGAGCGCAAGCUGUUCCACGACCGCAUCCGCUACCUGGACCGCCGCAUCAUGCCCGGUGUCACCAAGCUGCAGUGGACUGCCGACAAGCACGCGCUGGAGUUCUACUACCGGGAAGCCCGCAAGUUCUGCCGCGAUGCGGACAUGGCGGUGGGCGACUACAAGGCAGCCAAUGCGCGGCUGGACGCCAUCUGCCGCAGCAUCAGCGAGCUGGUGCUGGUGGACGUGGAGAAGAAGAAGAUCUACCAGCACACAGAAUUCGCCACGCUGCAGCAGCAGCACCAUGUCAAGAUCAAGAACCGGCUGGUGUCCGCGGUGGACGAGAUCCGGGAGAUCAUGGCGGGCAUCCACCGGGUGUUUGAGCAGGACAGCGAGGAGGUACAGCGAGAGUGGGUGCGCUUCACGCAGAAGGUGGAUCGCAAACUGGAGGACGCGCUGCGCCACGUCAUCAAGAAGUCCCUGCAGGAGCUCAGCCGGCUGCUGAACGGCGAUAACAAGACGGAGGUGAUGCCCAUCUUCCACGUCACCAUGGUCCUGGAGCGCACCAACAAGGUGGAGCUCAAGCCCACCAUCCAGGCGCUCUUUGACACCAUCAACUCCGUGGCGCGAAACCUGAUCAUCGUGCUGCAGUCCGUGCCGCGCGUUGCCCUGCAACUGACGGACAAGCAGCGCAGGGACAUGGAGGAGGCCGGCCUGGCGCUGCCUAAGCCGCUGCCAACGCUGUACGAGACCAUCAGCGCAGAUGAGGACGCCGUGCUGCGGACCAUCAUGCAAAUCACCUCAGGCAUCACGUCCAUCAUCGACAAGGUUCAGUCCUUCCUCACGUACUGGGAGAAGAAGUACCGGCACGUAUGGGAGGCGGACCGUGACGCUUACAUUCGCCGCUACGAGAAGGCGCAGAAGCCGCUGUCGUCCUUUGAGGCUGACAUCUCGCGAUAUCUGCAGUGCAUUGAUGAGAUCCGCGGCGAGGACGGCGCUACCAACAUGCGCUUCCUGCGCAUCGACUGCGGCCCGCUGAAGCAAACGCUGGUGGGCCACUGCGAGGCCUGGGUGUCCAAGUUCACCGGACUGCUGGGCCAGCUGGCUUUCACGGAGCUGCGGGCCCUGCAUGCGUACUUCAAGGAGUUCCGCGAGGCUCUGUGCACGGUGCCCAACUCGCUGGAGCAGCUGGCAGACCUGGUGGGACUGCACCGCCGCCUGGCGGACGAGCGGCGUCGUACGGAGGCGCGCUUCGAGCCGUUGCGGGAUAAAUAUAAGCUGCUGGAGCGGUACGAGGUGGGCGCCAAGGAGGAGGAGGCGGCGCUGCUGGAGGGACUGGAGCCGGCUUGGACGGCAUUCCAGGCGCUGCUGGAUGAGACGGCCGGUAAGCUGGAGCGCUACAAGGAUAACUUCCGCGAGAAAGUCAAGAGCCUGCUGGACACCUUCCUCAAGGACGUGGCGUUGCUGUGCGACGACUUCUCCCGGGAGGCGCCGUACAGCUCCGACGUGGCCACUUCUGAGGCGUUGUCGUACAUAUCCGCCUCCAAGCAUUCCGUGGAGGAUACGCGGAAGCGGGCCAUGGAAAUCAAGAGCGGCAUGGACAUCUUCAACAUCCCGCAGCCGCAGUACAAGGACCUGGCGGCCAUGGAGAAGGACCUGGACUUGCUGGAUCGCAUCUGGGGCCUCAAGGCGGAGUGGGAGCACCUGUACGGCGGCUGGAAGGAUGGAUCCUUCACGGACAUCAAGGUGGACGAGAUGGAGGAGGCAGCCAUUCGCAUCGGCAAGAGCGUGGCCAAGCUGGGUCGCGACAUCCGCCACUGGACGGUGUGGAGCGCGCUGAAGGACACGCUGGACGCCUUCAAGCGCACCAUGCCGCUCAUCACCGACCUUCGCAACCCCGCCAUGCGGCCUCGCCACUGGCAGGACUUGCAGACCCACAUCGGCGUCAAGUUCGACCCGCACUCGCGCAACUUCACGCUGGACAGCGUAGUGGCGCUGCGGUUGGACCAGCAUGUGGAGUUCGUGGCAGAGCUGAGCGUUAACGCCACUAAGGAACUUGCCAUUGAGAACAACAUCAAGACGAUUGCUGUCACUUGGUCCGGCCUUUUGCUGGACAUGGCGGAGUACAAGUCGACCUUCAAGCUGCGCAGCACGGAGGAGAUCUUCUCUUCGCUGGAGGAGAACACCGUCACGCUGUCCACCAUGAAAGCCUCCAAGUACUUUGUGGUGUUCGAGAAGGACAUUGCUUACUGGGAGCGCACGCUCAGCCAUAUCUCGGAGACCAUUGAAAUCAUCCUCCAGGUGCAACGCAACUGGAUGUACCUGGAGAACAUCUUCAUCGGAUCGGAGGACAUCCGGAAGCAGCUGCCGCAGGAGAGCCAGAUGUUCGACAGCGUGCACAGCACCUUCAUGCGCCUCAUGAAGCAGCUGUACGGCACCGGCAACUGCCUGAAGGCCUGCACGGCACCGGGCCUGCUGGAGUCCUUCCAGGACAUGAACAACAAGUUGGAGCGCAUUCAGAAGUCGCUGGACAACUACCUGGAGAACAAGCGACAGCAGUUCCCGCGCUUCUACUUCCUGUCCUCGGACGACCUGCUGGAAAUCCUUGGGCAGGCGAAGGAUCCGCUCAACGUGCAGCCGCACCUGAAGAAGUGCUUUGAGGGUAUCAAGAAGCUGGACAUGCACCUGCCCGGUGACGACCGCAAGCAGACCGUCAGCGUGGGCAUUACCUCCCCUGACGGCGAGUACCUGCCCUUCGCCAACCCGGUGGUGACGGAGGGGCGGCCCGAGGAGUGGCUCAACCGAGUGGAGGACGCCAUGUUCCUCACCACCAAGAAGCACCUGUACAAGGUGCUUGAGGACUCCAAGGUCCAAAAGAAGGAGAAGUGGGUGAAGGACAACCAGGGCCAGAUGAUCAUCACCGCGGGGCAGAUUGUGUGGACGCACGAGUGCGAGAAGGCGCUGUCGGACCCUGACAGCGCGCGCAAGAACUUGAAGCUGCUCAAGAAGAAGUGGAUCAGCUACCUGAACAAGCUCACCACCGUCACACGCUCCAAGCUGAACAAGAUUGAGCGCAACAAGGUUGUGGCCCUGAUCACCAUUGAGGUUCACGCGCGCGAUGUGAUCGAAAAGCUGGGCAAGGCCAACUGCACGUCCGGCAACGACUUCGAGUGGGUCAGCCAGCUGCGGUUCUACUGGGACCGGGAGAAGAACGACUGCAUUGUCAAGCAGGUGCUGUCGGUGUUCUACUAUGGCUACGAGUACCAGGGCAACAACGGCCGCCUGGUCAUCACGCCGCUCACAGAUCGUUGCUACAUGACACUGGGUGCGGCCAUGUUCACUCGCCGCGGUGGUAACCCGCUGGGUCCCGCGGGUACCGGCAAGACGGAGACCGUCAAGGACUUCGGCAAGGCGCUGGCCCGCUACGUGAUCGUGUUCAACUGCUCCGACGGUGUGGACUACAAGAUGACGGGCAAGAUGUUCAGUGGGCUGGCGCAGACGGGCGCAUGGGCCUGCUUGGAUGAGUUCAACCGCAUUGAGGUGGAGGUGCUGUCGGUGGUGGCGACGCAGAUCGCCUCCGUCAUGCAGGCGAUUAAGGAGUCGAAGAAGCGCUUCCUGUUCCUGGGCCAGGAGAUUCGGCUGAACCCCUCGUGCGGCAUCUUCGUGACAAUGAACCCCGGCUACGCGGGCCGCUCCGAGCUGCCCGACAACCUGAAGGCCAUGCUGCGCCCCGUGUCCAUGAUGGUCCCCGACUUCACACUAAUCGCUGAGAUCAUGAUGUUCAGCGAGGGCUUCUCCUCCGCCAAGGUGCUGGCCAAGAAGAUGAUUGCCAUCAUGGAGCUCUCGCAGCAGCAGCUGUCAAAGCAGGACCAUUAUGAUUACGGCCUGAGGUCUUUCGUGAUCCCCAUCGCCCGCGCCGCCGGCUCGCUGAAGCGCCUGGAUCCCGAGGGCAGCGAGGAGGUCAUCCUGUACCGCACCAUGCUGGACCUCAUCAAGCCCAAGCUGGUCUACCUGGACCUGCCGCUCUUCAUGGCGCUGCUGUCCGACCUCUUCCCCGGCGUGGAGCUGCCGCCGCCAGACGGCGGCUCGCUGCGCCGCGCCAUCGAAACGGAGCUGCGGGAGGCCAACCUGCAGAUCGUACCGGAGUUCGUGACCAAGAUCAUCCAGGUGUUCGAUUGCAAGGUGGCACGCCACGGCAACAUGCUGGUGGGGCGCACCGGCUCAGGCAAGAGCGAGGCCUGGAAGUGUCUGCAGCGCGCGCUGGGCCGCCUGCGCAAGGAGGAGCCCGAGGACGAGCGCUUCCAGAAGGUCCACGUCUACACCAUCAACCCGCUGGCGCUGUCCAACGACGAGCUGUACGGCUGCUUCGAGGCCGCCACUCACGAGUGGCAGGACGGCGUGCUGGCGCGCAUCAUGCGCACGCUGUGCAAGGACGAGAGCUCCGACCAGAAGUGGAUUCUGUUCGAUGGCCCCGUGGACACGCUGUGGAUUGAGUCCAUGAACACCACUCUGGACGACAACAAGCUGCUCACGCUGCUCUCGGGUGAGCGCAUCGCCAUGACACCCGCCGUGUCGCUGCUGUUCGAGGUGGAGGACCUCUCCCAGGCCUCCCCCGCCACCGUGUCCCGCGCGGGCAUGAUCUACCUCAACGUGGAGGAUCUGGGCUGGCGGCCCUUCAUCACCAGCUGGCUGGCGGCCAAGGCGGCGGCGGCGGGUGCGGAUGCGGGCAUCAUCGACACGGUGUCCAAGCUGGUUGACAAGUAUAUGGAGGCAGCGUUGGAGCACAAGCGGCUGCACUGCAGGGAACUCGUCCCCACGGACCGCCUCUCCUGCGUGCGUGCCUUCACACGCCUCUUCGACGCGCUGGCGGUCCCAGAGAACGGUGUGGGCACCAUGCCUGUAGACGAGUCCGCCGCACCGCCUCCGGGUGCCAAGGGCGCCGCGCCCAACGCGGCCGCCCCGGUGGCUCCCCCCGUGGACGACUCGGGCAGCAGCAGCGGCGGCAACAGCCUGGUGGAGAUGUGGUUCCUGUUCUGCCUCAUCUGGGGCAUUGGAGGGCCGCUGGACGAGGACGGACGCAAGAAGUUCGACGCCUUCAUGCGGGAGAUGGACACCCGGUACCCCAGUGCCGACACCGUCUUUGAGUACUUUGUGGACCCCAAGACCAAGGCGUGGCUGGCCUGGGAGACCAAGCUCACGGGCGCCUUCAAGCCCUCCCUGGAUCAGCCCUUCUUCAAGAUCCUGGUGCCCACGGUGGAUACCGUGCGCAACCGCUUCGUGGGCAAUGCGCUGGUGCGCGUGUCGCAGCACACGCUGAUCGUGGGCAACGUGGGCGUGGGCAAGACCAUGAUCGUGGGCUCGCUGCUGGAGGGGCUGCCCUCGGACCGCAUGAGCCACGUUACCAUCAACUUCUCUGCGCAGACCUCGUCGAACAGCCUGCAGGACACCAUCGAAGGCAAGCUGGAGAAGCGCACCAAGGGUGUGUUCGCGCCCGCCGGCGGUAAGCGCCUGGUGUGCUUCAUCGAUGACCUCAACAUGCCCGCCAAGUCCAAGUUCGGCUUCAUCCCGCCCCUGGAGCUGCUCAAGCUCUGGGUCGACAACGGCUUCUGGUACGACCGUCAAAAGUGCGAGGUGAAGCACAUCAAGGAUAUGCAGCUGCUGGCGGCCAUGGCACCGCCUGGAGGCGGUCGCAACGCCUUCAGCCAGCGCAUCCAGGCCUGUUUCGCCACCCUCAACGUCACCGCGCCCAACGACAACCAGCUCAAGCGCAUCUUCGGCACCAUCCUCAACGCCAAGCUGGUCGACUUUGACGACGAGGUCAAGCCGCUGUCGGAACCCAUCACCCUCGCCACCAUCAGCAUCUACCGCGCCGUCUCCAAGGAGCUCCUGCCCACCCCCUCCAAGAGCCACUACCUGUUCAACACGCGCGACCUGGCCAAGAUCAUCCAGGGCAUGAUGCAGGCCACCAAGGCCUUCUACAACAGCAAGGAGGAGGUGCUGCAGCUGUGGUGCCAUGAGUGCAUGCGCAUCAUCUCGGACCGCAUGUGGGACCACGCGGACAAGGAGUGGCUGAUUCGGCAGCUGGAUGAGAAGCUGGGUGCCACGUUUAGCACCUCGUUCAACACGCUGUUUGAGGCGUAUGGCGAGGCGGUGCCGCCGUUUGUGACCUUCAUGCGGCAGAACGUCGACACCCCGGUAUACGAACCGGUUCGUGACGUGGUGGCGCUGAAGGACCUGCUCACCGAGCGGCUAGAGGACUACGCGCUGGAGCCCGGGCAGACCGCCAUGGACCUGGUGCUCUUCCGCGACGCGCUGCACCACGUGUGCCGCAUCCACCGCAUCCUGGGCCAGCCGCGCGGCAACGCGCUGCUGGUGGGUGUGGGCGGCAGCGGGCGUAAGAGCCUGGCGCGACUGGCCGCCUUUGUGGCGGAGCUCAAGUGUUUCACCAUUGAGAUCACCAAGAACUACCGCCAGACCGAGUUCCGUGAGGAUCUGAAGGGGCUGUGCCGGCAGGCGGGCUGCGCCAACAAGCCCACCGUGUUCCUCUUCGACGAGACGCAGAUCGUUUACGAAACCUUCCUGGAAGACGUCAACAACAUCCUCACCAGCGGCGAAGUGCCCAACCUCUUCCCCAAGGACGAGCUGGGCGGCGUGCUGGAUGAGCUGCGCCCGGCCGCCAAGGCCGUGGGUGCCGGCGAGACCUCGGACGCGCUGUACGCCUUCCUGCUGGAGCGCGUGCGCACCAACCUGCACGUGGUGCUGUGCCUGAGCCCCGUGGGGGAGACCUUCCGUGAGCGCUGCCGCAUGUUCCCGGGGCUGGUCAACUGCACCACCAUCGACUGGUUCACGGAGUGGCCUGCGGAUGCGUUGUUCGAGGUGGCGCAGAAGCAGCUGGGAGAGGUGGACCUGGGCAGCACGGAGGUCAAGACGGCGGUGUGCAAGGUGUUCGUGACGGCGCACCAGUCCGUGGAGGCCACCAGUGCCAAGAUGUUCCAGGCGCUCAAGCGGCGCAACUACGUGACGCCCACCAACUACCUGGAGACGGUGCGCGGCUACAAGGACCUGCUGGCGGAGAAGCGAGCGGAGCUGGGCGAGAAGGCGGCCAAGCUGCAGGGAGGGCUGCAGAAGCUGGAUGAGACGUCGGUGCAGGUCGCUGCCAUGAAGAAGGUGGCGGAGGAGAAGAAGGUGGUGGUGGCCCAGGCCAAGGCGGACUGCGAGGAGCUGCUGGUGGAGAUCGUGCAGGACAAGCGCGUGGCGGACGAGCAGGAGAAGCAGGUCAACGCGGAGGCUCAGAAGAUCGGCAAGGAGGCGGAGGAGGCCAACGCCAUCGCGGCCCAGGUGCAGGUGGAGCUGGACAAGGCCCUGCCGGCGCUGCGUGAGGCGGAGGCGGCGCUGGACGUGCUGACCAAGAAGGACAUGAGCGAGCUCAAGGCGUACGCCAAGCCUCCGCAGCUGGUGGAGUUCACACUGAAUGCGGUGCUCACAGUGCUGCGCCGGCCGCCCAACUGGGAGGAGGCCAAGAAGAGGCUGGCAGACGCCAACUUCAUGCAGAGCCUGAAGGAGUUUGACAAGGACAAGCUGGAUGACUCCCUGCUCAAGAAGAUCGGCAAGUUCACCGCCAGCCCCGAGUUCACCUACGACAACGUGAACAAGGUGUCAGCGGCCGCCAGCGGCAUGUGCAAGUGGGUGCACGCCAUGGAGACGUACGGCUACGUGGCCAAGGACGUGGCGCCCAAGCGCGCCAAGCUCAAGGCGGCGCAGGACAACCUGGCCAAGAAGCAGGCGGCGCUGGCGCUGGCUCAGGAGCAGCUGGCGGUGGUGCUGGCUAAGGUGCAAGCGCUGAAAAACAGGUACGACGAGUCCAUCAGUCGCAAGCAGGCUCUGGAGGAGGAGCUGGCGGACCUGGAGGGCAAGCUGGAGCGCGCGGAGAAGCUGGUGACGGGUUUGGCAGGCGAGCGCACCCGCUGGGAGGCCAGCAUCAGCGAGUACGAGCAGUCGCUGUCGUACCUGCCGGGCGAUGUGGUGGUGGCGGCGGCCUUCAUGAGCUACGCCGGACCCUUCCCGUCGGAGUACCGCGAUGAGCUGGUCAAGCACACCUGGCUGCCGCAGGUCAAGGCCCUGAGCAUCCCCGCCUCGGAGCACUUUGACUUUGCGCUGUUCCUGGCCAACCCCGCGCUGGUGCGCGACUGGAACAUCCAGGGUCUGCCCUCCGACUCCUUCUCCACGGAGAACGGAGUCAUGGUCACACGCGGCCGGCGCUGGCCACUCAUGAUUGAUCCGCAGGGCCAAGCCAACAAGUGGAUUAAGAACAUGGAGGGCCGCAGCGGGCGGCUCAAGGUGCUCAACCUGCAGAUGUCGGACAUGGCGCGCCAGGUGGAGAACGCCAUCCAGUUUGGGCAGUCGGUGCUCAUGCAGGACAUACUGCAGGAGAUCGACCCCAUUCUGGAGCCCGUGCUGGCCAAGGCCUUCAUCAAGCGCGGCAACCAGACGUUGAUCAAGCUGGGCGACAAGGAGGUCGACUACAACUUUGACUUCCGCCUCUACCUCACCACCAAGCUGGCCAACCCGCUGUACACGCCCGAGAUCUCCACCAAGGUCAUGAUUGUCAACUUUGCGGUGAAGGAGCAGGGGCUGGAGGCGCAGCUGCUGGCAACCGUGGUGAAGAACGAGCGGCCCGACCUGGACAAGCAGAAGAACGACCUGGUGGUCAAGGUGGCCGCCGGCAAGCGCACCCAGGUGGAGCUGGAGGACACCAUCCUGCACCUGCUGUCGUCCGCCACCGGCUCGCUGCUGGACAACGUGACCCUCAUCAACACCCUGGACCAGUCCAAGACCACCUGGGAGGAGGUCAACGCCUCGCUGCUGGUAGCCGAGGAGACGCAGAAGAAGAUCGAGGCCGCCAGCCAGCUCUACCGCCCCUGCUCCGUGCGUGCCUCCGUGCUCUACUUUGUGCUCAACGACCUGUCCACCAUCGACCCCAUGUACCAGUUCUCGCUGGACGCCUACAACGACCUGUUCCUGAUCUCCAUCCGCAACAGCCCCAAAAACGAUAACCUAGCGGAGCGCAUCAAGUCGCUCAACGACUUCCACACCUACGGCGUGUACAAGUACACCGCGCGCGGGCUGUUUGAGCGGCACAAGCUGCUGCUGUCGCUGCAGAUGUGCGUGCGCAUCCUGCAGACGGCCAACCAGGUGAACGUGGAGGAGUGGCAGUUCUUCCUGCGCGGCGGCACGGUGCUGGACCGCUCGCAGCAGGCCGCCAACCCGGCGCACGAGUGGAUCAGCGAGGAGGCGUGGGACAACAUCACGGAGCUGGAUGCGCUGCCGAACUUCAAGGGCAUCAUCUCCUCCUUCGAAUCCAACCUGGGUGAGUGGGAGGCCUGGUUCCGCCGCGCCGAGCCCGAGGCCUCCGAGCUGCCCGCGGAGUGGGAGUCCAAGUGCAACGAGCUGCAGCGGCUCAUCCUGGUGCGCUGCCUGCGCCCCGACCGCGUCAUCUUCGCUGCCACCAGCUACGUGUCCAACGCGCUGGGGCGCAAGUACGUGGAGCCGCCGGUGCUGGACCUGGGGGAGACGCUCAAGGACUCCACCGCCGCCGCGCCGCUGAUCUUCGUGCUGAGCGCGGGUGUGGAUCCCACCGACAACCUGCGGAAGCUGGCGGCUGAGAAGGGCAUGUCGGCAAAGUUCUUCACAGUGGCUCUGGGCCAGGGCCAGGCGCCCACCGCCACCCGGCUCAUCGAGGACGGCCUGCGCGAGGGCAAUUGGGUGUUCCUGGCCAACUGCCACCUCAUGACCUCCUGGCUGCCCACGCUGGACAAGAUCAUCGAGGCCUUCGAGACGCGCCAGCCGCACGAGAACUUCCGCCUCUGGCUGUCCUCCAACCCCUCGCCCGCCUUCCCCAUCGCCAUCCUGCAGCGCGGCCUCAAGAUGACGACCGAGCCGCCCAAGGGGCUGCGCGCCAACCUGCUGCGCCUGUACAACAGCAUCUCCGAGGCCUCCUACUCGCAGUGCAAGACGCACAUCAAGUACCAGAAGCUGCUGUUCGCGCUCACCUACUUCCACUCGGUGCUGCUGGAGAGGCGGAAGUUCCGUACGCUGGGUUUCAACAUCCCGUACGACUUCAAUGACACGGACUUUAGCGUGUCGGAUGACCUGCUGAAGAGCUACCUGGACUCGUACGAGCAGACGCCAUGGGACGCGCUCAAGUACCUCAUUGCAGAGGCCAACUACGGCGGCCGCGUGACGGAUGAGCUGGACCGCCGCGUGCUGGCCUCCUACCUCAACAAGUUCUACUGCGAGGACGCGCUGUCGGUCCCCGGCUACCUGCUCUCCCCCCUGCCCACCUACUACGUCCCGGAGAACGGCCCGCUCUCCACCUUCCGCGACUACAUCCUCACGCUGCCCGCUGGAGACCGCCCCGAGGCGUUCGGCCAGCACCCGAACGCCGAGAUCAGCUACCUCAUCGAGGACAGCAAGGUGCUGCUGGACUCGCUGCUGAGCCUGCAGCCGCGGACGGAAGGCGGCGGCGGUGGUGGCGCCGGAGGGGCUGGCAGUCGGCGUGAGGAUGUGGUCAUGGCCAUCGCGACGGACCUGCUAGACCAGGUGCCGCAGCCCUUCAACCUGGAGGAGGUGAUGAAGGCCAAGGCGGAUGACCCCUCCGCACUGCAUGUGGUGCUGUUCCAGGAGGUUGAGCGUUACAACGCGCUGUUGGUUGCCGUACGACGGAGCUGCGUGGAGCUGCAGCGCGGUAUCAAGGGUCUGGUGGUGAUGUCGGCGGAUCUGGAUCUCAUUUUCGACGCCUUGUACAACGCCAAGGUUCCGGCAGCUUGGCUUAAGACCUACCCCUCGCUUAAGCCGCUGGGUCCCUGGACACGUGACCUGUUGCAGCGGAUAGAGCAGCUGGCUACGUGGGUGGAGGAGACGUACCCGCGCGUGUACUGGCUGUCUGGGUUCACCUACCCGACUGGCUUCCUCACCGCGGUCCUGCAGACGACGGCGCGUAAGGCGAGUGUGCCCAUCGACACGCUGUCGUUCGAGUUCAGCAUCAUCAACCUUGAUGAGCGGGACAUCACUGCGCCGCCCAAGGAGGGGGUGUACAUCAAGGGUCUGUACUUGGAAGGCGCCGGCUGGGAUUUCGAGAACGGCUGCCUGUGCGAGCCCAACCCCAUGGAGCUCAUCGUGCAGAUGCCCAUCCUGCUGUUCCGGCCCGUGGAGAACAAGAAGCGCACCGCCAAGGGCAUCUACGUCUGCCCCCUCUACCUCUACCCGGUGCGUACCGGUACCCGCGAGCGCCCGUCCUUCAUGAUCAAUGUGGACCUGCGCUCCGGGACCGCCGACCCCGACCACUGGAUCAUGCGGGGGACGGCGCUGCUGCUGUCGCUGGCGACGUGAGGUGGUGGGCGGGACGGGGGUUUGCGAGGGGUAGCAGGGGGAGGAGGAGAAAGGGAAACAUGGUAUAAUGGAAGUUUUGUGUGUGUGAAUAGCGGUUCUAGAGUAAGGAGUCAGUAAAGGAUUGGUGCAGUGACGGGGCUGCGGUUUGGGUUUUGCAUCCGCCAGGUGGGAUGGAUAAAGCGGCUUUCAGCUUUAUUUAUUGCAUGGGAUGCAUGUUGUGGGUUAAUUGUAUAGGCGUGUUCAUGCACGCUAUGGUGUUGCUAGGUAGGAUAACCUGCUUAUACGCACAGAGCCAACGUGAGUAGAAGCGCUGACCUUAUCCAGUAAGAGUCGCUGGACAGCUGUCGUGCGUUGAGGCUCAAGCAGAAUGAACGUAGGGUUAUGGCGGUGCGUAGGGCCCCUUGGUGGCGUGUACCGGAUUUCGAUAUCGGCCAUGCUGAACGAAUGAAAAGGGGGUACACGCUGCGGGUCAGCGCUGCAUUGAAUUGGUGACCCAGAAAUGAAUGUUGGACUACUCGUGUUCUUGUACUUCUUGCUCGUCAGUGAUCGCAGUAAGGGUGAUCCGGCUAGCAAAACUAGCUAUAUGUACGGUGCAGCACUGCGUGAUCUACCGUUCAUCGUGUUUCUUUAUUAGGACCCUUGCUGUGAUGGACGUGCGCUGUGGCACAACUGAGGCCAGUUCUGAUGCACACCUG